AAUUCCAGCGGUAGUCCAGUUAGGUCAAUCCAGAUUUGUGACUUCCGUAAAGCGAUGUCGGCCGAAAUAAAUAAAGGACCUGCAGUGGGCAUGCGACAUGUUCAGGCCCUGCUGAUCUUCCUCAACAUCACUACGUUGUUUCUGGGACGCUACAAUGCCGCGGUUUCCGUUGUGGCUAUGACGAAUGCUGACACCACAAAUCCAAAUUUUACCGAGUACGACUGGACGGAGGCAGAGAAGUCCUACAUUCUCUCCAGCUUCUUUUGGGGAUACAUUUUUACCCAGUUUUUGGGCGGAUAUCUGUGCAAACGCUUUGGCGUAAAAAGCGUCAUGUUCUGGGGCGUCUUCGGGUCCGGAGUCUGCAGUGUCCUUACACCAGUCUUUAUCGGCUUCGGUGAGUGGCAAGCAUACUGCGGAAUCCGGGUGAUCAUGGGCCUGGCCCAGGGCGUGGUCUUCCCAUGCAUCCACCAGCACCUGGCCAGAUGGUCACCUCCGGGGGAAAGGAAUCGCCUGGGCGCUUUGGCUCACACCGGCAUCGAGUGCGGUAACGUGAGUGCCAUGUUCUUCAGCGGAAUGAUUGCCAAGAGUUCCAUCGGCUGGCCUGGAAUCUCGUAUGUCUCAGGGGGCGUGGCAUUCGCCUGGUGUCUCUUGUGGUUCAUUCUCGCGGCUAAUAACCCGACAGAAUCUCGGUUAAUCGGCAAGGCAGAGCUGGAAUAUGUGGAGAUGUCCCUAAAGCACAAUGAGCAGUACCACAAGACCAUUAUUCCCAUUCCCUGGAAGGCCAUCUGGACCUCGGCUCCGUUCCUCGCACUCCUCGUGGUCCGAUGCUGUGAGAACUGGGGCCUGAGCACCCUGCAGGCUGAGAUUCCCUCCUACAUGAACGGAGUCCUCGACAUGGACAUGAAAAGCAAUGCCUUCUUCUCGGCCCUGCCCUUCCUGGCAAUGUGGUGCAUGUCCUAUAUCUACUUAGUAGUGGCUGAGGUCCUCCUAGCUAAGGAGUCUGUAACACUAACAGUCCUGCGAAAGACCUUUAACUCGUUAGCCUUCUUCAUACCCUGCGGAACACUGAUUGGCAUCGGGUUCCUGGACAAGGAUCAGAAAAAUCUCGCCAUCGCCCUGAUGACCAUCGGCGUGGGCUUCAAUAGUGGACAGACCAUAGGUAGUGUCCUCAACACCAUCGAUCUCUCUCCGAACCACGCCAGCAUCCUGAUGGGAAUCGUGAACACGGCAGCCAAUUUUGUGCCCAUUGCCACGCCCUUGGUGGUUGGACUUAUUGUCCCGCAUCCUGAGAAUCGCUCGGAGUGGCAAAUUGUGUUUAUUAUUGCUGCAGUGCUCUUUUUCGCGGGAAAUGUGAUCUAUCUUGUUUUCGGAACGGCAGUGUGCCAGCCCUGGGAUGCCGAGGACUAUUUGCUUUCAAAGGAUGCCGAAUUGGCCAAGGAAAUCAAAAGCAAGGAGGCCGACAAUGGGAAACAUAUUUAGUCUAGUUUAGUCUAAUCAUUUUAUUUUAAUGUAUCGCCUUAAGAGAUUGACAAUGUUUUCAACAAUUUCAAGUACGAAUUAUUGAAAACAUUCUCAUUCUCUUUCUCGCAAAUUUAAUGUGUAUAAUAUACACUCUAUUCCGGCAUUUAAGCGGAAUGCCUU